AUGCACACAGCACUUAGAGAACUUGGUCCAUGUGGUUGGUACUUUGAUAGUGGUUGCUCUAGGCAUAUGACAGGGGAUAGAACAUUGUUUACCACUUUUAAGGAAUGCUCAGUUGGUACUGUUACUUUUGGUGAUGGUAAUGCUGCUACUGAAAGUGGUAAAAGUAAGAUCAAAUUUUCAAAUAUUGAGGAGUUAAAGAAUGUUCUAUAUGUUAAAGGUUUAACUGUUAAUCUAUUGAGUAUUAGUCAAAUCUAUCCCUCACUAAUGUGUUUUUCUGCAGUUACUGAUGAGGCAGUUUUGUGGCAUAAAAGACUUGGACAUGGAUAUCGAAUUAAUCAGAUUAGGAGUAACAAUGGAGGAGAAAGGAAAGAACCUACAAUUCAUAAGGAAGAAAGAGUUGAGAAUUUAGAUGGAGAAGGUGAAGAGGUUAAAGAAGAUGAGGAUGAGGAAUUAGAGGUUACCACUGAUGAACCUAUAGGAAUUCCUGCACCAUCCUUAGAUAUUCCCACAUCUAGCAAUUCUAGAGUUUGA